GUCAGUUGUUACUUGCUCAUUUGUUUUACGUUACAGUUUACGAGAUGAGUGAAGAAAAAAUCAUUGAUAGUGUGAAAAACCUCCAAAUGAACCAACCCCAAAAGGCAUGAACCCUUAUUUUUACUUUUUACAUUGAAAUGUUGAAGGUUCUAAGUUAUUCCAGAGCUGUACUGCCGAUAAACCGGCGUAGUUUUGCCACAUUGGCUGGCAAGAUGAAGAAGGAAAAAGUUAAGCAAAAUGUUGCUUCCGGGGAUAAGUCAGGGGUUAGUGAGCUGAAACCACCACCCUCAUUUAUCCAGGAGAGGCUUCAACUUUGGGACAAGCUAAAGGCUCAGUACGAAGCGGAUUUAGCUGCCAAAACUCCUGCGCCAAUUAAAGUAACUUUGCCUGAUGGUAAAGUUGUCGAAGCCACUGCUUGGAAAACUACUGUAUAUGACGUUGCUAAAGGCAUCAGCCAAGGACUGGCUGAUAAUUCCGUCAUCUCCAAAGUAAAUGGAGUUCUUUGGGACCUGGAUAGGCCCUUGGAAAGCGACUGUAAAGUUGAGCUACUUAAGUUUGACGACACUGAAGCCCAAGCUGUAUUCUGGCAUUCCACUGCUCAUGUUUUAGGCGAAGCUUUAGAGAGAAUCUAUGGAGGCUGUUUGUGUUAUGGGCCUCCGAUAGAGAGUGGCUUUUAUUACGAUAUGUGGCUGGAUGAAAAGGGGAUUUCGCAGUCUGACUUUCCCUACGUGGAAAGCCUGAUGAAGAAUAUCGCUAAAGAAAAGCAACCAUUUGAACGUCUAGAGAUGAGAAAAGAGGACCUUUUGGAAAUGUUUAAGUACAACCCAUUCAAAGUGAGAAUUUUGAAUGAAAAAGUUGAUACACCCACCACCACUGUUUAUAGAUGUGGCCCUCUAAUCGAUCUUUGCAGGGGACCACAUGUGAGGCAUACUGGAAAAAUUAAAGCUUUGAAGGUUACUAAGAAUUCCUCAACCUACUGGGAAGGAAAAGCAGACGCAGAAACCUUACAGAGGGUAUAUGGUAUUAGUUUUCCCGAUAAUAAGCAACUGAAGGAAUGGGAGAAGUUCCAGGAAGAAGCCGCGAAAAGAGACCAUAGGAGAAUAGGAAAGGAGCAAGAGUUAUUCUUUUUCCAUGAGCUCUCUCCCGGUUCCUGCUUUUUCCAGCCCAGGGGUGCUCAUAUUUACAACACCCUAAUCGAUCUGAUAAAGAAGGAAUAUAGAAAACGUGGCUUUCAAGAAGUGGUCACUCCGAAUGUCUUCAAUUCCAAAUUGUGGCAAACCUCUGGACAUUGGGCUCACUAUGCCGAUAACAUGUUCUCGUUUGAUGUGGAAAAAGAAAAGUUCGCGUUAAAACCUAUGAAUUGUCCAGGUCAUUGCUUGAUCUUCGACAAUAGAAACAGGUCUUGGAGGGAACUGCCUUUGCGACUUGCAGACUUUGGGGUUUUGCAUAGAAAUGAACUUUCGGGGGCUUUGACUGGACUGACAAGAGUACGCAGAUUCCAACAAGACGACGCCCACAUUUUCUGCACUCCGGAGCAAAUUAAGACUGAAGUGCAAGGGUGCUUAGAGUUUCUCAAGCAUGUCUAUUCCAUAUUUGGCUUCACAUUCGACUUGGUGUUGAGUACUCGCCCAGAAAAGUUCCUGGGCGAUAUCGAAAUGUGGAAUGAAGCAGAGAAAGCUCUGAGUGAGUCGCUGAAUGAUUGUGGACAAGUUUGGAAGGAGAAUCCCGGCGAUGGAGCCUUCUACGGCCCAAAAAUCGAUAUCACCAUCAAAGAUGCUUUGCAUCGGUCGCACCAAUGCGCUACUAUUCAACUAGAUUUCCAGCUUCCCAUCCGAUUUAAUCUGUCCUUUAUUAGUGAGAGUGGCGAGAAGAAACAUCCUGUCAUUAUUCACCGAGCUAUUUUGGGAUCAGUCGAACGUAUGAUCGCGAUUUUAACUGAAUCUUAUGGAGGCAAAUGGCCGUUCUGGCUUUCCCCCAGGCAGGUGAUGGUAGUCCCAGUUGGACCCAACUACGACGACUAUGCGGAAGAAGUGAGACAAAAACUGUAUGAAAGUGGUUUUAUGGCCGAAGUGGACUUGGAUCAUGGUGAUACUUUGAACAAGAAAAUCAGAAACGCUCAGCUGGCCCAGUUUAAUUUCAUUCUAGUGGUUGGUGAUAAGGAGAAGUCGAGUAAUACUGUGAACGUCCGCACAAGGGAUAAUGUUGUGCAUGGUGAGAUAUCCGUUAGUGGUCUCGUGGAAAAAUUGAUUCAUUUGAAGGAUACUUAUGCACAAGGAGAAGAUAAACUAUAAGCCUUCGUCUUUUGUAUACAUGUUUAUUUUUGGGCGUCAAUUUCAAGUUUUUAAUUUGCUACCAGUACAUUUUUAGUUAAUUACACCGUUUUAGUUAAUCUUUAUAUUCCAUGUGAGGGAUCGGCGUCGAAAUGUUCAUAUAGAACGCAUUUUCUUUGUCCCCUAAAAAUUUAAGAACUUAGGAAUAUUGUCCAGUCAUAAAAUGUGAACUAGAAGUAUGCUUUAAAUUUUUUAACUCAGUCGAAUUUAUUAGUUGUCUUCAUAAGAAGCACUGAGCAUUUAUUUAGUGAAUACCUCCCGUGUCAGACGGUGUUCUAGUGCAGAUUUUCAGCUGGUUUUCACAUGGUUUGCAGUAAUUUAAAACAAGAACAACGUUAAAAUAUAGAUUUUUUUUGAUAAACGUAAUCGUGUAUUGGGCUUUUUAUUGCUUAAGAAUUAAUGCUUAUUCUUAUUCUGAAAAAAGUUAGAGAUACUUUUGUAAUUUAAUUUAUUUGCUUAUUUAUGAAAAUAUUGUGCAUUUAAAAUGUAUCUAAAUACGAAAUAAAAAUAGUUGUUUUCCAGUA